AUGCUAAUUGCAGGCUUCUCAACCUCUCAAAAUAACGCCACAAUAAUCCUUCACUUAACGGUCUCUACUAACAAAAACUUCAUCGCACCGCUCCAACACGCGCCGCUGUUCGGACACCCACUCCCUAUUCCAUGCAUUCUGGCCCUGAUCUCGUCAAUCUGUCUUCGCGGUCACAUACACCCGCACCAUGGAGACCUUCCCCAUGAUGAGUUCUCGCCUACGCCCUACUUGUCUAGCAGAGGCAAUACGACAUCUCUCGAGAGCAUUGUUUGCCACAGGCGUCACUUCCCACGCAAUCGGACAAUUGGCACGUUUGUACCUGAAGCCGAAAGCUACCACGCAUCCGCAUCGCGUUGCCCAUCUGAAUUGGUCCAGACAAACAUGGGCAGCCUCACCGGGCGCGUCACCGCUAUUUGGAGCAAACAUGACCUUCCCAACCCCAUCUAUAAGGGCCGCACUUCUCUCCAGCCUGUAGCGCUAUAUUUCUGA